AUGUCCUCUGUUGAUGUGGAGCGGUGGGAAUGCACUAACCUACGGUGCGGCGAGAAGAGGCUGGAAGGGAGUAAUUGCCACUGCACUGCUGACUGCAUGAGUGCAGGAGAUUGCUGCACCAACUUCCAAAGUGUCUGCCAUGGUGAAACAACAUGGGUGGAGGAUGAGUGUCCAGACACGACCCAGCCGGCCACUUGCCCUGCAGGCUUCAAAAAGCAGCCACUCCUUCUUAUUUCCUUAGAUGGGCUGAGAGCAGAAUAUCUCCAAACUUGGGCAUCCCUUAUUCCGGUUCUGGAUAAAAUGAAAAAGUGUGGUGUCUCGGCACCAUACAUGCAGGCUGUGUUUCCUAGCAAGACCUUCCCCAAUCAUUACACCAUUGCCACAGGUCUGUAUGCGGAGUCCCAUGGUCUGGUGGACAACAGCAUGUAUGACCCUGUGUUUAAUGCAUCAUUCAGCUUGUCUAACUCUGAGAAAGACAACCCUAGAUGGUACCACGGGCAGCCGAUUUGGCAUACAGCCAUGUAUCAAGGACUCAAAGCUGGAACAUUCUUUUGGCCUGGUUCUGAUGUCAAAAUUAAUGGAAGUUAUCCAGACAUAUAUGUACCAUAUGACGGUAAAGUGCCUUUUGAGAAAAGAGUCUUUACUGUCCUGGAGUGGUUGCGUCUACCAGAACAUGAAAGGCCAGAUUUCUACACCCUGUACCUGGAGGAGCCUGACAAAUCAGGACACAGCUAUGGUCCGGUCAGUGGAGGGAUUAUCGAAGCCAUCCAAGGGGUAGACAAGAUCAUCGGCCAACUGAUGGAUGGCCUGAAAAUGCUGAAAUUGACACAGUGUAUCAACAUCAUUGUCCUAGCUGACCACGGAAUGGAGGAAAUAAGCUGUUCCAGAAAAGAAGUGCUGGAAGACAUGAUUGGAGAUGUCAGUAACCUUUAUGUCAGUGAGGGCCCAUUUGGGAGAAUUAGACCAAGGAACCAAGACCAGCCUUUGGACUCUGCCGGCCUUGUGACCAACAUGACGUGCAGGAGUCCCAGUCAGAAGAUAAAGCCAUAUCUGAAGGCUCACCUGCCCAAGCGCUUUCACUUUGCUAACAGCAGGCGUAUCGAGGAUGUCGCUGUGAUGGUUGAACCUAAGUGGCUUUUUGAGAGGAAACCAGGGUCCCUGACCUUUUGUGCUGGUGGUACUCAUGGAUAUGACAACGAUGUUUACAGCAUGCACGCCAUGUUUCUCAGUUACGGUCCCAAGUUCCUCUCCCAAACAGAGGUGGAACCAUUCUCCAAUGUCGAGGUGUACAACCUCAUGUGUGACGUGUUGGAAAUCUCACCAGCAAUUAACAACGGCACUCACGGUAGCAUGAACCAUCUCCUCCGGAAGCCCUGGUACAGCCCGCAACAUCCAGUGGAGCCGGUCGGCCCUGGUCAGUGCCCGCUCCUGGCCCUCAAUCCCGGUGAUGAACUUGGCUGUGAAUGUCCUGCUCUGGGUAGGCCUACAUCCGACCUCAACUCACGCUUGAAUCUGACAGCAAGUGAGGUGUCAGCCACAGAGAAGCAGCACAUACCCUUUGGGAGGCCAAGAUUACUGCAGUCCGGGGCAGACUACUGCCUUCUCCACCACCAGGGCUUCGUUAGCGGUUACAGUAAAGCCAGUCUGAUGCCUGCGUGGAGCUCAUUCACAGUGGAGAAACCCGCAAGCGAAGACCCUCUUCCAGAGGUCAUAGAAAACUGCUUCAGAGCCGAUGUAAGACUAGCGGCAGACCAGAGUGCCCGAUGUAAUGAGUAUGCUGCUGCUGGCAAUAUCACCUCUGCAUUCCUCUACCCACCCAAUCUGAACCAGUCUGCUGACGAACAGUACGAUGCGUUGACCAUGAGCAAUGUGGUGCCCAUGUAUCAGCAGUUCAAAAGAAUUUGGGACUACUUCCAGUUUGUCUUGCUGAACAAGUAUGCAUUGCAGUACAAUGGCGUGAACGUAGUUGCUGGACCUGUGUUUGAUUAUAAUUAUGAUGGGCUAUAUGACUCGGCUGACCAAAUCCAACAACAUGUCUCAGGUAAACGGAUCCCUGUCCCGACACAUUACUUUGUGGUUCUAACAAGCUGCAAGAACUCCACUGUGCCAGUGAUGAGCUGUCAAGGGGAACUCCAGACGGUCUCAUUUCUGGUGCCUCACCGGCCAGACAACUCAGAGUCCUGCAGUAGCUCACUGCCUGAAUCCCAGUGGGUGGAGGACUUGAUGUGGUACCAUCAAUCACGGGUGAGAGAUGUAGAGCUGAUCACUGGACUAGAUUUCUACCAGGAGAGUAGCCGGCCAAUCCCAGAGCUCCUACAAGUGAAGGCCCGCCCCACUGCAGCUAUUCACAGGAAGAUCUAAAGACAAACGCGCACAUACUCACAUACAAUAAUUUCAUCUGUGUUAGCUGCAUUGUGUAUAAGCAGCAGGACAAUGUUGUAUGCAAGUCAAAAGAAG